AUGUUCGGCACGUUGCGUCUCGCGCCUAAUUCGGAAACCGUAGACUUCAUAGAAAGAACAGACGGCAGGUCUUUCACUGGCACCGUUCCACCUCAUUCUGCGUGCACCCACUGCCGAUCCAAAAAGCUUCGAUGUGGUGGACAGAAGCCAAUUUGUAAUCGAUGUAAGACUUCUUCGACAAAGUGCGUGUAUGCCCCUGCAGCCGGCAGGCGACGAGCUCAUAGCGGGAAAAAGCGCAGUCACGACGGCGGCGUGGUUCACGAGUCUAAUUCGGCAGCGGAAGACUUGAGCCAGACUGACAUGACAAUAUCUAACCCGCCCUCGGCUGCUGAGCGAGUUCCGCCAGUGACAAGUAGCAACGUAACAACUGAGGGCACGUCAGAGACAACCUGCCAGGGAUUGACUUCCGACUCGCCGACAACAUGUCUAGAUUCUGAAUCAUUGAACGAGGCCCUCGAACAUCAACUGAGUUCCCAUUCUAUUGACUCGGAAUUCCACUUUAAUACUGAGACUACCAUUGGGGCUAUCGACAAGCCUACGCAUGUUAUCGGCAGUGACGCCGAGAUUGUCCGAGAUUCUCUAAUCGCCACGGAUUUCACUGCCGGCCUAACUGCGCUAUGGUCUAUACCCGCCUCGUUCACAGAUGGCCAGGGGUUCGCCACGUCGCCCAGACUAGACUCCUUCGGCUCUAUGAUGGCCACAACAAACACGGUAGCACCAGUUUCAUUCGAGUUAGCAAGCAAUUCGGAGCCCGAGAACAGGCUCGGUGGCGGUGCACAGUGUGCCCGCCAGUGUCUCUCGACCACCACGCCUUUACUUGAACAAAUCGAUAACCUUACGCAUAGCAUGGCUCCAGAUAACCUAGAAAGAGUCCUCAGCUGGCAUACGCAAGCAUGCAAUAAGUGCCUUCAGGUAUUGAAAUGCGAAAGCUGCUACUCCAGCUCGGAACAGAUGAUGUUGAUACUCAUGCUAUGCGACAAGCUCAUCAUGCUUACCAAGAAACUGUUGUGGCAUACAUUAGACGAAACACAAUUUGAAGGCGCAUUUCGAGUUCGAGAGUAUGAGUCGACAGACCCUUCCGAAUUCAUUGGUAUCAUCAGGCUUCUCUGUAGCAACCGCGUGAGGGAUAUAGCCAGACUCCUAGCCCGUAUCGAAGAUAGCCCAGCAGUCGCGGGCAAACAAGUGCAACUCAUCAUGAUACGCAACAUGGAACAACAGGUAGCAAAGACUCUUGGCGGAAUACGGGAGUGUCUUGGUAGUUUCAUAGGUUAG